GGGGUCUGCAUAGAGUCAAAAGAUACUUACUUGAACACACCAAGAGAGACUUACUGCCGCAGCAGCAGCGAAGCACGCAUUUGGAGCUCUUCAAGAAGAGAAGGACAGCUCAGUAAUACAUCUGACGACUAUCUACAAGAAGUGACAGAAGACAAGAUUAUACACAAGAUGCCUGAGAGUGCUGGACACGUUAUGGAGGAGGAAGUGGAGACCUUUGCCUUCCAGGCUGAGAUUGCUCAGCUUAUGUCUCUUAUUAUUAACACUUUCUACUCAAACAAAGAGAUCUUCCUUAGAGAGCUCAUCUCCAACUCUUCAGAUGCUCUGGACAAAAUCCGCUAUGAAAGUCUCACUGACCCCUCCAAGCUGGACACUGGCAAAGACCUCAAAAUCGAAAUCAUUCCCAACAAAGAGGAGCGCACCCUUACCCUGAUUGACACAGGUAUCGGCAUGACCAAGGCAGACCUGAUCAAUAAUCUGGGAACAAUUGCAAAAUCUGGCACCAAGGCUUUCAUGGAGGCUCUGCAGGCUGGAGCCGACAUCUCCAUGAUCGGUCAGUUCGGUGUGGGCUUCUACUCUGCCUACCUGGUGGCAGAGAAGGUGACAGUCGUCACCAAGCACAACGACGAUGAGCAGUACGCCUGGGAAUCCUCUGCUGGUGGCUCAUUCACAGUUAAAGUGGACAACUCUGAGCCAAUGGGUCGGGGCACUAAGGUGAUCCUGCAUCUGAAAGAAGACCAGACAGAAUACCUGGAGGAGCGAAGAAUUAAAGAGAUUGUGAAGAAGCACUCACAGUUCAUCGGCUACCCGAUCACGCUCUUUGUGGAGAAAGAACGUGAUAAGGAAGUGAGUGACGAUGAGGCAGAGGAGGAAGAGAAGGAGAAAGACAAGGAUGAUGAAGAGGAGAAGGACGAGGACAAGCCCGAGAUUGAGGAUGUCGGGUCAGACGAGGAGCACGACCACGACCACGACAAGUCUUCAGACAAAAAGAAGAAGAAGAAGAAGAUCAAGGAGAAGUACAUUGACCAGGAGGAGCUGAACAAGACCAAACCCCUGUGGACCCGUAACCCAGACGACAUCACCAAUGAGGAGUAUGGAGAGUUCUACAAGAGUCUUACCAAUGACUGGGAGGACCACCUGGCUGUCAAGCACUUUUCAGUAGAGGGUCAGCUGGAAUUCCGUGCCCUGCUCUUUGUGCCUCGUCGGGCUCCAUUUGACCUCUUUGAGAACAAGAAGAAAAAGAACAACAUUAAGCUCUAUGUGCGCAGGGUCUUCAUUAUGGAUAACUGUGAUGAGCUGAUCCCUGAGUACCUCAAUUUCAUCAAGGGUGUGGUGGACUCUGAGGAUCUGCCCUUGAACAUCUCCAGAGAGAUGCUGCAGCAGAGCAAGAUCCUGAAGGUCAUCCGCAAGAACCUGGUCAAGAAGUGCCUGGAACUUUUCACUGAACUUGCUGAAGACAAAGACAACUACAAGAAGUACUAUGAGCAGUUCUCCAAGAACAUUAAGCUCGGCAUCCACGAGGAUUCACAGAACAGGAAGAAACUGUCUGAGCUGCUGCGCUACUACACCUCAGCCUCUGGAGAUGAGAUGGUUUCCCUAAAGGACUAUGUCACACGUAUGAAGGACAACCAGAAACACAUCUAUUACAUCACAGGUGAGACCAAAGACCAGGUGGCCAACUCUGCCUUUGUGGAGCGCCUUCGCAAAGCCGGCCUGGAGGUCAUUUACAUGAUUGAGCCGAUCGAUGAGUACUGUGUCCAGCAGCUGAAGGAGUUUGAGGGCAAGAACCUGGUUUCAGUCACCAAGGAAGGCCUGGAGCUGCCUGAGGAUGAGGAUGAGAAGAAGAAGCAGGAGGAGAAGAAGGCUCAGUUCGAGAACCUGUGCAAGAUCAUGAAGGACAUCUUGGAGAAGAAGGUGGAGAAGGUCACAGUCUCCAACCGACUGGUCUCUUCCCCCUGCUGCAUCGUCACUAGCACGUAUGGCUGGACGGCCAACAUGGAGAGGAUCAUGAAGGCCCAGGCCCUAAGAGAUAACUCCACUAUGGGCUACAUGGCCGCUAAAAAGCACCUUGAGAUCAACCCAGACCACCCCAUUGUGGAGACCCUGAGGCAGAAGGCAGAGGCUGACAAGAAUGACAAGUCUGUGAAGGAUCUGGUCAUCCUGCUCUUUGAGACUGCCCUGCUGUCCUCAGGAUUUACUUUGGAUGACCCACAGACGCACUCCAAUCGCAUCUACAGAAUGAUCAAGCUGGGUCUUGGUAUUGAUGAAGAUGAUCUGACAUCAGAUGAUGCCACCUCUGCUCCCACUGAGGACAUGCCCCCUCUUGAAGGGGAUGAUGAUGACACAUCCAGGAUGGAGGAGGUGGACUAAACCUGUUUCUAUUGCCUACUAGCGCUCUGCAGUAGUGUGCUACAAAACUUCAAGUUUAAUGUUGUAAAUUAAGCGGGAAUGUCCCCACCUUUCAACCCCUUUUUGACCAAGUUCACUUUAUUUUCCCCUGCAUUGACCAUAUGCAGCUGAGAUCCAUUCCUUUUAGAACUUUAUUUUUUAAGUUGUCAGUUUUUGUAUCUUGAGUUUUAUCAGUGCAUUUGUUUUUGUAUUUAUUGGCAUUCCAAUGAUCUUUGUGUGAUGUUACUUUACUGUAAAUAUAUGAAAAAUUGAUACUGUUAUUUGAAACGGUGGGACACAUAAAUAAAAGUUCACCCUGUUAACAAGC